AACUAUCCCCUAAAAUUGGCUAUGUAAAUAUGCCUUAGGACUAGGUAAAUUGGGACAGUGACAACACAAGUUAGUAAAGAUAUUACAGCAAUUAAUACAAAACGGACUGUAGCAAAAUUAUAUUAGGCCUCCUAUUAAUCUCACUAUAAUAAUAUAUUUUUGCCGCAUUUGUGACAAAUCAUGAAAUUGAAUUUAGGAUUAUUUUUUAAUUAUGAUUGAAAUUCCAUCAGCAAUUCUAUACAAGAUAGAUGGUUUUAUUGUUAAAAAAUAGUACUUAACAUCACUGGAUACAUUAGGUUACACAAUUAAAACUCAUUUUAAGUGUUAGAUCAGGAAGAUAGUGUCCUAACGUAACAAUUAGGUUACAGGUUAUCACUUUUUACUGUGUAGAUAUGAUGUUAGAUCUUUGGCUUUGGUGCCAGAGCCUCUCUCAAGUAAUUCUGUGAACGUUGAAGGCCACCUUUCAGGCCUAUAUCUGAAGGCGUGUAUGGCCUAAAGCCAUUACACGGUUCACCAAUCAUUAACGCCCGAGUGCACUGGUGUUAAUAUGACAGUAAUGAGUGAGGCAGGGAAGGCGGCUCAUCUCAGCAAUGUCAUUUUAGACAUUUGAGCCCGAGAUCUGAGCUCAGAGAUCAUGCACACACAUCCGUGAUAGGCGUCCUCGGGGCAGUGAACCAGAAGGAUUAAUAUUAGGGAUAAGACCGCAGAGGAACCAGGAGAGGUCACAAGGAUUGGGGCGGAGUCUUGUCCUUUUUUUUUUUCUUCAUUGGGAUAAAUGAUUGAGGUUAAAACUCAGGAAUCAUUGCUCAGAGCAUCCAGUUAGAAGAAGACAUAUCUAUAUCAGGACACACCAAGAGACUCAGCUGAGAGCAGUUUAUAUUUGCGGCUGUGGCAUAAAAUGGUAAGAAGUCUUUAUGCUAAGAACUGAAAAUAUAUGAAAACCAUACAGAAAAUUAUUUAACAUUAAAAGGGUGAUUUUUCAGGGUUCAGAGAAAAGUGUGCGUUUUCUGAUGGACGCAGUGGCUGCCAAACGCUGGAUCACCGACCUGCUGAGCAGCAUCCACACAUCUCGAGCCAUACCUGCAGGAGCUGUGUUCGGUCCAUGUGCAUUAAAACACACGUCGCUGUGUGACAGUAUUGCAUUCAUCGCCUUGAAGUGUUCGGACAGACGGACUGCGUCAUACAUGCUCCAGGUGGACACAACAGCACCAAGUGAGUGUCUGAACCUGAUUCAGUCUGCUAGGAAUGCAGAGGAACAAAAUCUAGAGGCUUAUAUGAAGAAUGGGCAUCUAUUUUUCAAAGCCUUAAAGGAAAUUCCUGAGAACACAGAACUUUUAGCCUGGUAUGGGAGAGAUCUAGCCAAACUGCUUGGCCUAAACUCUGAGCAAAAGAACACAAAAGAUUUCAUUUGCUCUGAAUGCAAACAGAGCUUUCUCUUUGAAUUCCCCUUGUUGGCACACCAAAGAUUUUUCUGCACCGAGAAACCAACAAACCAAAAUAGCAGUAGAAAGAAGCUUAUCAAGCCAGAAAUUAAUUUACUGAUCGGCAAACCUUCUACCGACUUUCACAAUUUAGCACGAGAGCUAGAGAACUGCAAGAAAAAUCUACCAGUAGACGCAAGAACUAGUAGCACCAAAAGAAGACGCUCUUUUGAAUCAGGAACUGAUGAGAGUGAUGGGGAACCAUCAUCUUUUGACACCCAUGGAGAUGAAAAGCUAUCAGUGAAAAGGUUUUGUGUUAACAGAUUGAACGGAAAAUCCUGGUCACCCUCCAGCAACCAGUCUUUCAGUAAAGGCCAAAAUUCUCAAUGCAGCCAAACUAAAUGCCAUGACGACCACUCUGCAAAUCCAGACGGCCAAGAAUUGAAGUCUAGUACCAUAGUGACCAAGCUUUCGUCUCCCACUAAAGGGUUGCAAGAUGUCACAGGUGACAUCAUUUCAUCAAACCAGGAAAGGAAGAGUGCUUUCACACAACCUCCUCGUGUCAUGUCCCAUAUCCCUCUAGUGAUGUCAGCCAGGCUUACCAGCGACCUCAUCCCAACUAGGACAACUCUCCUCCCCACCAUUCUACCACUCACUUCCCCCCCGGUGCUCAACUUCCAGAGCUCUGCUUUGCUACAUAGGGAUCUUCCCAAACCACUGGCUCUUCUACAUAGCACAAAGCUUUGGCCCAAGACCUCCCGGCUUCUGCCCCCCUCUAUCACCUCUAUCGGUUUACCUAUGCAAAACUGGUGCGCUAAAUGUAACAUUUCUUUCCAUAUGACAACAGACCUAGUGCAACACAUGAGGUCUCACCACAAGAGGCGGCUGUCCGAUGAGAGGAAGAGGACGCACAGGGAGGAGAGGCUGAAGUGUCCGAUCUGUAAUGAAGCGUUCAGAGAGCGCCAUCAUCUGUCACGCCAUAUGACCUCACAUACAUGAGCAUUCAAAGCUGUUUCUCAAAAUGUAAACUCUUUUAAAGAUGUUUUCAGUGUAAAAUAAAGUGUUACCAAAUGGUUCAGUUUUGUAAGCUAACUGUUUAAUUUGACCAGAUUUACCGUAAUAAACAUAAAAAGACCAAUUUAUUGUUAACCCAAUUAAUUAAAUGUUUAUAUAAAUAUUAUUUAGUUUGAAACUGACUAAACAGUUUUCUAAAUGUAUUCUUUAAUGUUUAAGAUUUAUAUGUUGAUUUAGGCUUAAUGUAAUAGUUUUUAUAUUAAUAAUAAUGUAUGUAAAUGAUUAAUUUGAACAAAAUGUUUAAAGGAAUAUUCCGGGUUCAAUACAAGUUCAGCUCAACCGAAAUAAAACAUUUUUUCGACUUGUUCAUCCUUUUCUUAAAAAAAAAAGAAUCUGGGUUACGGUGAAACACUUACAAUGGAAGUGAAUGGGGGCCAAUCAGUAAACAUUAAUAUAUUCACUGUUUCAAAAGUAUAGCCACAAGAGAUAAAUAAUAUGUGUGUUAACAUGAUUUUAGUGUGAUAAAAUCCCGUACCAACCUUUUCUGUGUAAAGUUAUAGCUUUUUUUACAAAUGUGUUGCCAUGACGAUGUAGCCUAAUGUCAACAAACCCUAAAAUGACGAUUUAAACAACUUUACAGCUCAAAUAAUACUUGAGUUUUAACAGAAGAAUUUAUGUAAGUGCUUUUAUAAACUUAUAAGCUUCACAUUUCUGCCUGUAAACCAUCCAAAUAAAUUCUCCAUUCACUUCCAUUGUAAGUGCCUCACUGUAACUUCGAUUUUUGCUUCUUUUUUUUUUUUGCGACAGACGAAUUGAAAUUAUUUUCAGUGGCAAUCAAUAUUAUGCCACAAAUGCUGUCGAUUGAGUUUAACCUGGAUUUAACUCGGAUUAUUCCUUUAGGUAAACCUGAUAAAACUGGCGUUGUUUUGUACCUGGCGCCCCCUAGUGCUGAGCACUUACAAGGCAAAAUAAAUGGCGCUGUAAAUUUGUGCCGUCUAAAUGUCAUUGCUAUCAAGGGACAUUACUGUUUUUUUUUUUGUUUUUUUUUGUUCUUUUUGAACAAAAUUACUCUUGGAUCUGUUUUUAGGGUGGUGUCAGUAGUUUCUGUGGCGGGUGGGCGGCCCAAGAACCCCCCACCCUAAACCCGGCCAUGCU